GGGCAACCGCCCCCUGCUCAGUUCCCUGUGUUCCACAGGUGCCGGAGGGUCUGGACACUCUUCGUAGGAGUGGAGCUCCAAUGGAACUGCGAUCAGGGCGCUGCUUGGUGCCCGCUGAGCAGACAAGAGGCUCUCGGGAGCAGCCUCCCCAGCGCCCACAGAACUGUCAGGCCCGGCAGCCGCAAGCAGUGUGCAGGCUGUGCCGGCGGGCAGACUGUGACCCCGCCAUCGUUGGGCAGUUGUGCAGUGCAGAGGGGCUCUGUGUCCAUGAGAACUGCCUGUACCACAGCAGCGGCCUCCUCCAGCGAGGGGCUGAUGAAGAGGGCUUCUAUGGCUUCCUCUUCCCUGACAUCAGGGAGCAGCUGAGGGCUGUUGCAAACAAGAGGUGCUGCAUCUGCCAGCAGCCAGGUGCCUCGGUCAUUUGCCAUCGACAGAUGAGGCGGCCAUCUGUCACCGGCCGGAGCAGGAGCCGCCGUUGUUCCCGAGCCUUCCACCUGCCCUGCGGGAGUGAGAGGGGCUGCAUCUCCCAAUACUUUGGGGAGUACAAGUCCUUCUGCUGGAAGCACCAGCCUGUGCAACAGCUGCGGGGGGUGCAGCAGCACCGGAGCCCCUGCUACGUCUGCUUCGAGGAGGUAUCGGAGCAGCCGUGCUAUGGCACCCUGGUGUGUCCCGCCUGCGCCAGCGCCUGGUUCCAUCGUGCCUGCAUCCGGCAAAUGGCGCUGGCCGCGGGGCUCCACCACUUACGGUGCCCCAUCUGCAGGAAUGAGACGGAAUUCCGGGCAGAGAUGUUGCGGCUGGGGAUAAAAAUUCCUGACAGGGAUGCUGCCUGGGAGCUGGAUGAUGAGGAGAUGGCAAACCUCACGUAACAGCAGCCAGGCUGUUCCAGGCACAUGGAGGAGAACUGGCCCUGAAGAAGUGUGCUGUGCAGCUCCUGCAGCUCCUGGGGGAACCACCAGCUCUGCACAGCCCUGAGGGCGGAUGCUGACUCCUGGCAGUGCAGUCACUGCA